CAACAAAGUUCACGUCUGCCACUGUCAGCGUUACAACAUGACUAGUCGACGAAGCACUAUUCCAACGAUGAAAUUUAUAUUCGCGGUCUUUAUGAUCUUGGUAUCUGUUUUAUUACCUUGCAGAGCCAAGAUUUCUGAUAAGCGGUUAUGUUACGACAAGGCUUGCUCAGUUAUAAUUUCUAAGGGCAAAACUAUUAUACCGUAUAACUCCAAGGAUCAUGAUGUCCUUAGCUUCCCUGUUAACACUAAUGUUAAUAUUUUCAGUAAACAAGCAGGCAGUAGACAAGAUUUAUGGGGUGUGGAGAUUAAGGGAAAGCGUGGCUAUGCCCCAUCAAAAUUUAUUCGUGAAUAUCAAAUUUUACAUACAAAAUUAGAAUAUACAGUGCCUACUAAGGGACUUGAUAAAGAAAGAGUUGAUAAUAUCUAUGACACUGAAAAUCUAGAUAAAGAUAAUCUUGCUAAUUUUUUUAGCAGUGAACAGCAAGAUCAUAAUAAUAUUGUGUUACCAAAGUAUGUAUCUACAAAUAAUUUAGAAGAAAAUAUUGUUCCACAUCCAGUUUCACCUUCCUAUGAAUCUGUAUAUGAUGGAACUAUUUUACCCCAUGAACAUGUUAAGGAAGAAUUACCUCCACCAACAUAUUCAACCAAAAUUUUGGAAAAUAAUAUUAAGAUCGAUAAAGAAGUGCGAUUGAAUGUAUAUCCAAAUCUUAUAAGUUCAACAUUUCCUAUAUUAUCAGAUAUUUUUAGCAAUAUAAAUUCUGAAGAUAAAAGUACUGAAGAUUCUGAAAAUGAAAGUAUUGAAAAUUCUAAUGAAAAAGACAAUGAUGAUGCUUCAUUGAAAGAAAUGAUACUUGAAAAUGUAAAGACUGAUGAAUCUAGUCUUAAUUCAGAAAAAGAGUCUAACAUACUAUCAGAAAAUUUAGUGAUUGAGGAUAAUAUUCACCGUAUUUAUAAUAAUAAAGUUGUAUUUCAACAAUUAAUUGAAAAUGAUAACAAUCAUACCGAUUCAUUAAUUCAACUUGAAGAUAGUGAAACAAAUAUUAAAAGUGAAAUCAAUGAAAUACAUAAUAUAGAAAAUGAAGCAAUAAGUAAUUUAAAAAAUGAAAUUGAAAGUAGCGAACAUGAAACUAUAGCAAAUAAAGUAGAAAUCAGUGACAAAGCUACUUUUGACAAGGAAAGUAAAUUCAGUGAAAAAAAUACUUCAAAAAAAGAAAAUCAAAUUAGUAAAGAGAAUACUUUAAAACUAAAAAGUAAAAUCAGUGAGGAAGAUAUUUCAAAAGAAAAAAGUCAAGUAACUGAAGUAAUUAACUUAAAGGAAGAAGAAACUACUGCAAAAAGUAAAAAUACUGGAAAAGUUGAAAGUGAAAUAAUAAAUAUUACAGAAAAAAUAAUCGAAAUUCAUUUAGACGAAAUUAAUUCAGGUAAUUUUAUAAAUAAUAAUGGAAAUGUACAACAAACUUCUUCACAGCAAGUGAACAAUAAUGAUAGCUCUAUUAUAGAAGAAAUCAAUACUAUAAUUGAAGAUUUUCAGAAUAUUGUGCCAAAGCAAAAUGAAGUAGAUAUUAUUGAUAAUUUAAUUAGUACUGAUUAUUAUACAAAUGACAUAGUAAAUGAAAAAAUGCUACUAAACGAGCAGAAAGUGUUAAAUGAGACUUUUGUUCCUGAAAGUGUAAAUUUAACAAUUUCUGAAGUGCCUUUGAAAAAUAAUGAAUCAGUCAUGGUAUCUGUUGAACUUUCUUUACUUUCUGAAAAACCAUUUAAUCGCAAUUUGUCUAAAAAUGAAAUAAUUGACAAUAAUAAUGUUGAGAUUGGUAUUAAUUUAACUGUAAAUAAUUUAUUUGUUGAAUCAGAUUUAUCAAAUAGUUCAGGCAAUUUGGAAAAACAACUUGAAGUUAAUGACAAUAUAAUAGGCAACAAUAAUUACAUUGUAAAUGAACCUGCAAAUCUUGAUAAUAAUUCUCCUGUUGAGAAUGCAAAAUAUAGUUUACAAUUUGUAGAUUCUAAUCAUAAAUAUGUAGAUGUGCCAUCAACUUCAAGCUUUGGUGAAUUUCUGGGUAACAGAAAUUUGCUGAAUGCUAAAAAAGAUUUUCUAGAUUCAGAGGAAAUCGAAUUAGAUAGAGUAUUGGAUGAAAACAUUGAAACUACAACUUCUGAAAAUAAUGCAAAUCAUAAUAGUGAUGUUAAGCAGGAGGAGGAGAAUAACAGUUUUAAAAAAGAACUUUCAAUAAAUAGUAUCGAACAAAUAGUUUUACAUCGAGAUACUUGUGAUAAGAGCUAUGAUAGUUCAAGUUAUGAUAUCAAUAAUCAAUACAAGGUUGAUGAAAAUGCAGUAACAAAUGCAAGAAAGAUAGAAAAUAGUUCUGAUUCAUUAUUAUAUGUUUGUAUUACUGCUGUAACGACUCUACUAUUUUCUCUUGGUUACUAUAUAAUCGAAAAUAGAAGACGCGAUGGCCAUUUCAUAGCGAAGAUUAACAAUCUCGAGAAAGAUUUAAUGAUAACAAGGAAAGAAUGUAUUAUGUUAGACGAAAAUUUGAAGUCUACCAAAGCAAAAUUGGAUUCAAUUGAAAAUCAAUCGUUUGGUUCCAAUGAAAUGGUGUUAUCAUUAAAAACAGAAUUAUCAACUUCUGAGAAUCUUAGAGCAAAGAUGGAAGAUCAGAUUACUUCACUAGAAAAAGAGUUAGAAAGUACAUCAGAAGCCGGUUUAGAAUUAGAACGUAUGCUGCGUGAGAUACUUUCAUCUCAUAGUGAAGAAAACAAUCCACUAGCUCAGUCUAUUGAAGAUUUACAAGAUCGAUUGAAUGAUCAACAAAUUGCUAAUGAAUCGUUAACAAAUACUGUUACCGCUAAAAUUAAAGAGAAUGAAAUACUCUCUGAAGAUCUUAAAAUUAGUUUUAAAAAAGUAGAAGAAUUGCGGGACGAAAUUACUAGGUUGACAGAUGAAUUAAAAACUCAAAUAAGUAGUAGAAUACAUUUGGAGCAAAGUUUAUCUGAUCAAGUUCAAAAACUUCAACUUCAGAUUAAAACUAUUACUGAAGAUAAAUCUCAUUUACGUAAACAAUUAAGAGGAAAAGAAUUAGAGAUUAAAGAAUUUAUCGAAGUUGUGGAACAAAUGCGGACAAACAAUUUCGAUUCUGAAAAAUUAUAUGAGGUUUCGAAAGUUAAAGCCGAAGUUGUGCACCUUCUAGAAGAAAGAGAUGAACUUAAAAAUAAACUUAGUGAAGAAGAAGGUGCUCACCAAUUGCUCGAAGAACACGUAAAUAUUAUAACACAAGAGGUUGCUUUUCUGAGUCAACAAUGUAAAGUAGCUGAAAAGGAAAAAAAAGAUGCAGAAACACGACUGGAAGUGUUAACCAAAUUUUUUGAAGAGAAAGAAAUUCAAAGACAAAAAGAAGAAGCAAUUUGGUUAGAAAAGCAAGGAGAAGUUUCAUCUACAGUAGAAAAACUACAAACUAUGCAAAAAGAAAUACUUAAUUACAAACAGCAAAUAGAAAUGUUGAAAAGGGAAAUUCUUGAUCAAGAAAGAGAGUAUAAAAAUCAAAUGUCAAUCUUUGAAACGAAAGCCCAUGAACAAUGGGUGACUGCACGACAAAAUGAACGGCGUUUGGAAGAAGUCAAAGCCGAAUCAAGUCAGUUACGUAAUCGUCUAACUCUUGUUGAGAAAAAUAUAAAUGAUGCAGAUCCAGAAAUUAAAUUACAUCGUUUGCAGUCCGCGAACGGUGAGGCUCAUCCAUUAUUUGUGACUCCUGAGACAUCCAGCUCGCCUCUUAUGUUCGGGGCCUCUGGGCCUGGGCCUGUACUGCCGCCUCCACUUCCAGGCUCCUUUCUCUAUCGACAUUCCUCGUUUGCGCCGCCCCCGCCAUUUCUGCCCCCGCCCCCUCUUGCGGUCUCUCGGCCACCACCGCUAGGCGGUGGGAGGCUAUCCUCACCUCCUCCCGGAAACGGGAGCAGUGUCGGUAAUGCUGGCGCACACGGAACCAAUGAGACCUCACUGCCCCUGUCACCACCGCUCCCGCUGAUGUCGUUCCCGCAUCAUCCUUUACAUCGCCACCGCUCGCCCCCACCGCUGCCCCUCUUCGCUAGUGAGGCGCCACCACCACCACUUCAAUCAGGGUCUUCUUUGCUCCAUCGCCACAUGCCACCGCCACCGCUGCUUCCGCAGUUCCAGUCACACCAACACCAUACGUGGGGUGAUGAGGCCUCGCUUCCCAUCAGAAAUUCGUCCGGUUUUCAUACGCAGUCAAGGGACCGAAAUGCCAUUGUCCGCAAUCACAAAGGUUCCUUACAUUCGUCUGGAGAGUCAUUGGAUAAUUCUCAUCAUGGUGGAAAAAUUUAGCAAGCUAUACAUAUUUCAAUCAUUCAAAGAACGUUUUUGAAAUCAAAUUAUUCGUAUACAUACAAAUUUUUGACAAUGAAAAGCCUUACAAUGCACUGCUAAUUUUUUUUUUUUUAAGGCACGUUUGGUGCUCUGAAUAAAAGUGUUUUUGUCGAAAUUCAUAACUAAUUAUUAAAAAUUUGUAAUAUAUGAUGGUAAGUAAAGAAUGAUACUCUUCUCAUUAUCUUUUUUAUAUCGUAACAAUUAUUUUGUGAUUAUAUAAAGGAACGUUAAAUAUAUU